AUGUAAGACAUUGAGGAAAAUAGUAUAAAUGAUGAAAUUUUAAAACCUGGAUUGCAGUAAUAAACUUAAAAUUUCCAAGAUUAAGGCAAAAAUUUAGAAAUUAUAAGCAUUUAUGAUACUGAGGAUGAAAAAACCGAAUAAUUAAUUAAUAAUAAAUUGCAGGAUUAAAAUGAUGAAUAUGUUGUAGAUAUCAAUUAAGACUUAGAGAUAUAAAUGGAAAUUAUAAACGAGCAGAUUUAUGAUGAUUUAUAAGAUAAAAUGUAAGAGGAAUUACAUUAAGAAGUCGAUAAUGAAAGAUAAGAGGAGAUUAAAGAAUAUGAAUAAUAAGAAGCAGAUUCAAAUGAAAUUAAUCUUCAACAAGGAAAAGGAAAAAGGUCAACUAGACUUGAUUAGAUAGUUCAAUAAAAGCAAGCUUUAUUCAAGAGAUUAGUCUAAAAUGAGUUAAACCAGGGAAAGUAAAGCUUCUUGAUAAAACAUUUGAAAUUAGGAAAUUCUAAAGGAUAAUUUAAUUUUGAGUUGCUUUAUAAGGCAACAGUAGAUGGAUUUAAAGCUAAAAAGUUCCAUUAAAAAUGUGAUAAUUAAGGCGCAACCAUUUCAUUUAUACUGAGUAAUGCAGGUUAAAUAUUUGGUGGCUACGCAUCUUAAUCUUGGGAUGCUUCAGUCAAUGGAUACAUUAAAGACAAAAAUGCGUUUUUAUUCAAUGUAGGCAAAAAGAAAAUAAUUUAUGUUAAAGAAGCCAAUUAGAAAAAUGCACUUUACAGUAGUGAGGAAUGUUUGAUGUCAUUUGGACUUGGAAAUGACUUGCAUGUCCAUGAUGACUGUCACAAAGAAAAUGAGAAUUACUCAUUUUUAGGUAAUUCAUUCCACUGUCCAUUUGAAUGUGGUAAGUACGGGAGUUUAAAAGCAUAAAAGUAUCUCGGAGGUUAUAAAAAUUUUAAAGUGAGAGAAAUUGAAACAUAUCAAGUCACUUAAUUAAGAAAUUGA